UUGCACCCGGGGUCCUUCUGCAGCCCCCGUAGCGAGGAGCGAGGGCGAAGACGAGGCUAAGCGGGGCCGGAACCAUGAACCGGAGUUUCCACAAGUCUCAGACCCUGCGCUUCUACGACUGCAGCGCGGUGGAAGUCAAGAGCAAGUUUGGAGCUGAGUUCCGAAGGUUCUCCUUGGACCGUCAAAAGCCUGGAAAGUUCGAAGACUUCUACAAGCUGGUUGUGCACACCCAUCACAUCUCCAACACCGAGGUGACCAUCGGCUACGCGGACGUGCACGGCGACCUGCUGCCCAUCAACAACGAUGACAACUUCUGCAAGGCGGUCUCCAGUGCAAACCCCCUGCUCAGGGUCUUCAUCCAGAAACGAGAAGAGGCCGAGCACUGCAGCUUCGGGGUGGGCUCGCUGUCCAGACGGCGGCGCCCCCUGGCCCUGCGGGAGGACGGCCCUCGCCGGCGCACACACCUGCACAUCGGCCUGCCCCACGACUUCCGCCCCGUGUCCUCCAUCAUCGACGUGGACAUCCUCCCCGAGACGCACCGCCGUGUGAGGCUGUACCGGCAUGGCUGCCAGAAGCCGCUGGGCUUCUACAUCCGCGACGGCACGAGCGUGCGCGUGGCCCCGCAGGGGCUGGAGAAGGUGCCCGGCAUCUUCAUCUCCCGCAUGGUGCCCGGCGGCCUGGCCGAGAGCACUGGGCUGCUGGCCGUGGACGACGAGGUCUUGGAGGUGAACGGGAUUGAGGUGGCCGGGAAGACGCUGGACCAGGUCACGGACAUGAUGAUCGCCAACAGCCACAACCUCAUCGUCACGGUCAAGCCAGCCAACCAGAGGAACAACGUGGUGCGUGGCAGCCGUGCGCUGGGCAGCUCCGGCCGCUCCUCGGACAGCACGGCCAGCCGCCACAGCCUGCCUGCAGCCCACGUCCUGCAGAACUUGCCCCCUGACGAGAUGGAGAGCGACGAGGAGGCCGACGUGGUCCUCGAGGGCGUCCUGGAGCCCCGGCUGGUACCCAGGCCGCCACCAGGCAGCCUCGCUCGGGUCAAUGGCGCUGGCCUGGUGCCCGGCCUGCACAGCCCUGGGCGGGAGGGCAGCGUCCAGAGGCUGCUCAGCUCCCUCCGGUCCGACCCCCGCCACAGCCUGGCCCUGCCCCCCGGAGGGGUGGAGGAGCAUGGGCCGGCAGUCACCCUGUAGGGCCAGGUGUCCGACAGGUCAGUUUCCCGAGGGGAAAUACUUCCUUCUUCUUAAAGUUUUAUUCCAGUCUUAAAAUAAGAAAAGAUUGUAUACUGCACGCCUCCUUUUGUUGUUUUUACUUAUCCCUCCCUUUUCUCCCACAGCCCUACUCUUUAUUCCAACUUAUGGAGAGAAAAGAAUAUUGUAUUUUUGUAGAAUUUCUCCACAGAACGUAAAAUACAUACACAUGCACCGUGUGUACGAGGCUGGGUGAGGGUCUAGCACCUUUGUCAAGUGGUAGAAAGGAUCUGACCAAGUGCAGAAAAUACUUCAUUUUUAAAUUUUAAAAAUAUACUUUUUUAAAUGAAGCUUUAACAUUACUUUUUUAAAAUAGUCGAAUUCAUGUUUUCACUGUGCUUCCUGCCGACUUGCACUGAUUCUGCUGACGGGCCAGAGGCUAUGAAGAUGGGACGUGGCAGGAAGGUAGGCAGAGGCUGGUUUUCAAGAGCAAAUGCACCCACACCUGGAAUAAUAAUAAGCAUGGCGGUAGAGGAUGAAUUUCAGAAGGUUGCACUGUUUGCAGUCCUGUCUCACAUAGCGUGAAGUGGUCGUGGUGGCCGUGGCAGUGGACUCGCCCCGACAGGCAGUUUUGUGAGGCCGUCAGAGGUGGCCUGUUUAGCCUUUGAGGUGAAUUUAAUUUUGGGAAGAGAGUGGAAGGCACAGCUCACCAGUACCAUCUGUGAUCAAAAGCCAGCAUUUACUCUGAGGUAAAAACCAGUCUGUUCCUGUGGAUUGUGACCCUGAGGGCAGUUUGUGAAGUGUUUCCAGCACUUCACACAGGCCUUCGAAAGGUCAGUCAUUUGGAUUUGUGGGUUCUGUGAUCUUUGACUUUAAAUAACAAGUCACAUGGAAUGUAACGAUUUUUAACACAGAUUAAAUUCAUUGUCACUUCCUUUGGUAUUCUAGCAAUAUUCACUUAUUUAGUAAUUUUAAAGGUUUAUUCAUGUUUCAGCCAAUCAAACUUUAUAUGACCUGUAUUUUCUACUUGAAUCCAGUGUCGAGGAGAAAAUGUUACACUUGUACUUUGAAAACUAAACUUUCACCCAAAAAAGUUUUCAUGUAAAUACAGGUGAACGUAUUUUUGUAGGUUGCCUUUUGGGAAACUAUGUGGCUGCUUCUUCUGUGGUCAGGCACCCCCUGCUGGUAGUGGCAGAACUGACUUUAUGGAUGGCAGGUUGAUAACAGGUGGAAAACAGUGUAUCUCAAUGUGUUCAUUUCUCCUGAAUUCAUUAAGUGAAAAGCAAAUUAUUUUUCUUUUGGAAACUAUUUAUUGGGCAUAAAUAGCUUUUAUUGAGUAGUUGUGGUCUCCUGCACCUUUGUUUUUGUUGUUUGUAUGCCAGGAUCACUGUCUGUUUUGGUCCUAAGUACAGGGAAGACCAAAGAUGCUCCCCUUUGAGGUCUAGGACCCCCAAAUUUAUGGGAUCCAAUGAACUGUACGAGCAUUUUUGGGCACCAGGAGUCAGAAGUGUUUUUUUACUAUGACAAGUAUUGUAGAACCAAAACUCUUAUGCUAACUUACUAUCACAAAGGAAAUGUUCUUUUAUUAAGUUAUUGCUGGUUAUUGAAUAUCUUGUCAAAUAACUAGGUGUGUUUUUUAAGUAAAUGUGAAUAAUUUUUUAAAGGAAAAAAAGGCUUAUGCUG